AUGGCGAAGGCAAUUGCAUUAUUUUAUUUUCAAAAAGCUGUAACUCAAAUCAAAUCGAUAGCGGAGAGUAGUGAUAGUCGUCGUCAACUUGAAUAUUCUAUUUAUCUCGCUAUGGCUCAAUCUUACCUGCAAAAAUAUCAAUUGAUAGAAGCCAAUGAAUACAGUGAAAAAGCAGAAAAGUUAGCUAAGAAACUAGAAGAGGUCAAGAUUUCUUCUUGUUUCGAUAUCCAGGGCGACUGUAAACGACUUCAAAGUGAUUUUAUGGGUGCUUUGAGUGAUUACAACAAAUCACUUCAAAUAAAAUUAAAAUCGUUAGGGAGUGAACAUCUUGAUGUCAGUAAGUCCUAUCAUAACAUUGGCUUGGUCUACCAGAAUCAAGGCAAGCAUGACGAGGCUUUAAAGGAAUACAAUAAAUCAUUAAGGAUUAAACUGAAAAUUCUUGAAAAUAACGAUCCAAGUAUUGCUGUAUUAUAUGACAGCAUUGGACAAGUCUAUGAUGAUCAAGGCAAGUAUGAUGACGCUCUAUCAAUGUAUAACAAGUCACUCAAGAUUAAACUGACACAACUUGGCGACAAUCAUCCAAGUAUUGCUACAACGUAUAACAACACUGCAAAUGUCUAUAAUCGUCAAGGCAAGUAUGAUGACGCUCUAUCAAUGUAUAACAAGUCACUCAAGAUUAAUCUGACACAACUUGGCGACAAUCAUCCAAGUAUUGCUACAACAUAUAACAACAUUGCAAGUGUCUAUAAAGAUCAAGGCAAGUAUGAUGACGCUCUAUCAAUGUAUAACAAGUCACUCAAGAUUAAACUGACACAACUUGGCGACAAUCAUCCAAGUAUUGCUAAUACAUAUAACAACAUUGCAAUUGUCUAUGAUAAUCAAGGCAAGUAUGAUGACGCUCUAUCAAUGUAUAACAAGUCACUCAAGAUUAAUCUAACACAACUUGGCGACAAUCAUUCAAGUAUUGCUGAUAUAUAUAACAACAUUGCAAUUGUCUAUUGUCAUCAAUGCAAGUAUGAUGACGCUCUAUCAAUGUAUAACAAGUCACUCAACAUUAAUCUGACACAACUUGGCGACAAUCAUCCAAGUAUUGCUACAACAUAUAACAACAUUGCAAGUGUCUAUCAUCGUCAAGGCAAGUAUGAUGACGCUCUAUCAAUGUAUAACAAGUCACUCAACAUUAAACUGACGCAACUUGGCAACAAUCAUCCAAGUACUGCUGAUACAUAUAACAACAUUGCAAAUGUCUAUAAUGAUCAAGGCAAGCAUAAAGAAGCUAUUUCUAUGUACGAGCAAUCCUAUAACAUUCAAGAAUCAGUUUUGGGUCACAACCAUCCAGAUGUCGCAAAGUCAUAUAACAAUCUAAGAAAUGUCUAUCAAGCUGAAGGUAAGCGUGAAGAAGCUAUUUCUACGAAUGAGAAAUCACUCAAAGAGAAACAAGAGGAACAAGAGAAGCAAGAAAAGCAAGAGGAGAAACAAGAGGAGCAUGAGAAGCAAGAAGAGCAAGAGGAGCUAGAAAGUCUGUUUUAA